UGGGGGUGGGGGAGUGAAAUGGGGAAUUGUUGUAGAUCUCCAGCGGCUGUCGCGAGGGAGGACGUAAAAUCUAACUUCUCCGCACACGAUCACGCCCGUAAAGAUUCCGUUUCCAAGCAGAAGCCGCCGAUCACGGUGCUGAACGGGGUUCCGAAGGAGAACAUCGAGGAGAAGUACCUGGUGGAUCGCGAGCUGGGACGAGGUGAGUUCGGGGUUACUUACCUUUGCAUCGACCGCGGCACGCGCGAGUUGCUCGCGUGCAAGUCUAUCUCGAAGAGGAAGCUGAGGACGGCCGUGGAUAUCGAGGAUGUGAGACGGGAAGUUGCGAUAAUGAAGCAUUUGCCGAAGAAUUCGAGUAUCGUGAGCUUGAAAGAAGCUUGCGAGGAUGACAAUGCGGUUCAUUUGGUGAUGGAGCUUUGUGAAGGUGGUGAACUCUUCGAUAGGAUCGUGGCCAGAGGACAUUACACGGAGAGAGCCGCCGCGGCGGUGACGAGGACGAUUGUGGAAGUGGUUCAGCUUUGUCAUAAGCAUGGAGUGAUUCAUAGAGAUUUGAAGCCUGAGAAUUUUUUGUUCGCUAAUAAGAAAGAGAAUUCGCCGUUAAAAGCUAUCGAUUUUGGGUUAUCAAUAUUUUUCAAGCCAGGUGAACGAUUCUCUGAGAUUGUUGGAAGUCCAUAUUAUAUGGCUCCUGAGGUGCUGAAACGAAAUUAUGGACCAGAAAUAGACAUAUGGAGUGCAGGAGUCAUACUCUAUAUUUUGUUGUGUGGGGUUCCUCCUUUUUGGGCUGAGUCUGAACAAGGUGUUGCACAGGCAAUUCUUCGAGGGUUAAUAGAUUUCAAACGGGACCCAUGGCCAAAUAUUUCAGAGAGUGCUAAGAGUCUAGUCAGGCAAAUGUUGGAACCGGACCCAAAGCUUCGUCUCACUGCAAAGCAAGUGCUUGAGCAUCCUUGGCUCCAAAAUGCUACAAAAGCUCCCAAUGUUCCUCUUGGCGAUGUUGUUAAGUCAAGGCUUAAACAAUUUUCAAUGAUGAACAGAUUCAAAAGAAAAGCCCUGCGGGUUAUUGCUGAGUUCUUAUCCAUUGAAGAAGUUGAAGACAUCAAAGAAAUGUUCAAGAAAAUGGACACUGACAAUGAUGGCAUCGUUUCAAUUGAAGAGCUGAAAGCUGGAUUUAGAAAUUUUGGUUCGCACCUUGCAGAGUCUGAAGUGCAGAUGCUUAUUGAAGCUGUGAGUGUGUUUUGGUUUAUACUCUGCCAUGAAUUAACAAGUAUUAUGAUACUUUAUUUUCCUGGUUUGUGCUAAUUCUCAUCAAAAUAG